AUGGCAAACAUCAACAUCACUAUCCCUCUCGGGGACGAUGAUGAGAUCAUUAUCACGCCGAAGCCGCGAUUCCCUGCGCAGACUGUGACGAUCACCAAUGAUCCAAACCCACUCAAGGAGACAGGAGUUACGCAUCCACCAGUGACAAGAACCGUGACUCUGCCUCCCUGGCCGCAGUCAACCGUCAUCUAUUACCCCCCACCUGACGACACUGGCAGUGAUAGCGAUGACCCUGACGACGAGAUUGAUCUACCCCCGAUCCCCGACAUUACUAUCAAGGAUGGGCCUCCUGACCCUGAGUGUGACAACUGUCCCAACCCUGGAAGCCUCUGUGAUGACCUCUUCUGCUUCUGUUUCUUGUGUCCCCCAUCAAGCGGUGGCGGCAGUGGUGACGGCGGAUUCGCAGACCCCAGCGAUCCCAAUCCUCCCCCGCGCCCUCCUACUAACCCGGAAAAUGACCCCAACGAAGAGGAGUGCACGGAGCCCGAAACUGUCACAAAUUACUGGGUAUCUUGCGAGAGUAUCGAGUCAACAUCGACUUCAUGCACCACAACCAGUAGCAUGCUCGCCGUCGGCUGCGAUGUCACAGCCACCACAACAACUACCGGAGAGAAUGUCUGCUAUACCCUGGAUCCGAAUGAGCCCCAGGGUGAAGAUGGCGGCUGGCCGGGAGCCACCACAGUUGAGCCCACAAGCACCAGCACAACCUCGUCCUCAUCCACCACCACAUCUGAGGGCAGUGAGCCUACCGAUCCUCCAGUGCCAACAGUCCCGAUGUGUCUAGGCUUGUGGACUGAAGCUAGCGUGCAGUUAGCUACCUAUGCCUAUGUUAUCUACGCACCUGGUGACCAAUGCUUCGGAGUUUAUGUCACAGAUGGAAACAUCGGUGAACCCACCCCCAUCUGCGAUAUCCCCAAUGACCAAACCGUCUUCGACUGGUGCGCGAAGGGUGACAAAGCAGGCAUGUUCCUGAACGAGGGACCCGAAUUCUUUGAUGGUCCUUCCUGUGGCUUCCAGAUCAGUCUUCGUGGCAAGAAGUAUACCCCGAAGCAGUUGCAACCUCUCGAGGAAGGAAACAUCUGUGACGGAACCUGUCCGGACGAGAUUGCGUCUGUGCAGGGUAUACUUUUGUGGGAGGAUUUGCCCGAUUAUUCAUGUUAG